UGCGGCUGCUGAGGGCCGCUGGACUCCGCCGCGCCCCCAAGCGACUGUAGGACUCGCCGCACACUCGCCAGUUGGAACAAGGGCGAGGAAAAACAAAUAAAUUACCACCCGACUAGGCCCGCACCUCUGUCAAAAACACACCGGGGUGGUAGACUGCCCUGCGAGCUGUUGGACACGACAACAGUGGCUCGCUCUCUCGUCAGCUGCACGGUGUGACAGUGGGACUAUCAUGCAACAGCUAGCCAGAUGAAGUUAGCUAGCUAAACUGCUGGUGAUGGAUGUGCUUUCAAAUUUAUUCUGUUUGCCGUUAAGUUGCUGCUUAACGUAGUGGAGUGUUUUCUUCUUCUUUAAUUCACACUCAUUGGACUGUAGACAUCAUAAUGCUAGCUGGCGUGCUAACCAGUUUAAGCACCGUUUACUGCGUCUUAUUAUUUGCAACACUGUCAACCAGCUAACGUUGUCUUUACAUUAGCACACUAGCUACCAGUGCACCACUCUGGGCUUAACUAACUUGCUGUUUCGUUGACUGCGUUGUUUAGUAGCUGAUCUUAAUUUGAGCAGUGCCUGUGGCCAACCUAGUGUGAAGUAUUCAACCUGUAACUUAACUCGCUUAGCCCUAACCCCAGCUAGCUUCCUCAUCCUACGUAACUUUCUCAGCAAACGUGGUUUGGGAAGUGUACGUGUAUCGUUUGGAAGGUGGCUAACUUGCUAGCAUGCAAGCCACUGUGCUUUUUUGCUACUUUGCCUAGCGUUAGCAUAGGAAAUAGUUUUUUUGUUGUUGUUGUUGCUGUUGUUGUUGUGAUCCCAAAUUACAUCGCCUAACCACCUGCCACUCCGCUCCUAGUUGUACACUAACGAGACAAACGGGAGAGACUUUAAGUACAAGUUGCUGGGCAGCAUUACUUACUGACAGCUGUAAACUCACCAUUUCUAACAUUAGCAAGUAAAGACACAUCAGCUGAGACUAGUCUGGAGUUUGUCCUGAAGUAAGCAUGGCUCCUAAAAAGAGACCAGUACCCUUAAACAUUGCUCCCACUGGCGAUGGAUUAUCCACCUCUACCAACAUUGAUGUUGCAUCUGAGGCCAACUUAGAAGCACUCCAAAAAAAGCUGGAAGAGUUGGAUCUGGAUGAGCAGCAGAAGAAAAGAUUGGAGGCUUUCCUCACCCAGAAGGCCAAGGUAGGCGAGUUGAAAGACGAUGAUUUCCACCGCAUCUGUGAGCUGGGCGCUGGCAACGGAGGAGUAGUCAACAAGGUGUGCCACAAGCCCUCAGGCCUGAUCAUGGCUAGAAAGCUGAUCCAUCUAGAAAUCAAACCUGCCAUCAGAAACCAGAUCAUCAGAGAGCUUCAGGUGCUGCAUGAGUGUAACUCUCCCUACAUUGUGGGCUUCUAUGGAGCUUUCUACAGCGAUGGAGAGAUCAGCAUCUGCAUGGAGCACAUGGAUGGUGGAUCUCUGGACCAGGUGCUGAAGGAGGCCAGGAGGAUCCCAGAGGAGAUCCUGGGCAAAGUCAGCAUUGCUGUUUUGAGAGGUCUUGCCUACCUAAGAGAAAAACACCAGAUUAUGCACAGAGAUGUGAAGCCCUCAAACAUACUGGUGAACUCACGUGGGGAGAUCAAGUUGUGUGACUUUGGUGUCAGCGGGCAGCUCAUUGACUCUAUGGCCAAUUCUUUUGUGGGGACAAGAUCCUAUAUGUCGCCUGAGAGGUUGCAGGGAACCCACUAUUCUGUGCAGUCAGACGUGUGGAGUAUGGGCUUGUCCCUUGUGGAGCUGUCAAUUGGACGCUACCCCAUCCCUCCUCCAGACGCUAAAGAACUAGAGGCCAUAUUUGGACGACCCAUCUUGGAUGGUGCCGAGGGAGAGUCACACAGCACUUCACCCAGACCCAGACCACCCGGCAGACCUGUCAGCGGUCACGGCCCUGUAAUGGCCAUCUUUGAGCUCCUGGACUACAUAGUCAAUGAGCCCCCUCCCAAACUACCACAUGGAGUAUUCACCUCUGAUUUCCAGGAUUUUGUGACAAAGUGUCUCAUCAAAAACCCCGCAGACAGGGCUGACCUGAAAAUGCUGAUGAACCAUACGUUUAUCAAGCGGUCCGAGGUGGAGGAGGUAGACUUUGCCGGCUGGCUUUGUAAAACCAUGGGGCUGAACCAACCUAGCACUCCCACGCGCACUGCAGACUAAACACACACUCCGAGUACGCUCUCGCACACAGUAUGUAUACAUAAAAACAGACGUACACAAGCUGCUGCCUGAAACCAUACACACACACACACACACACACACACACAGACACGUAUACACCUUAACCUCCUCCCUCAGGUGAACCUCUGAAGGCUCCGUCUAUCAAAUCAGCUCUGCUGAUCUGUAAGCCAGUUGAUCAUCCAACCAUGUCAGGAGGGAAAAAAAAUAAUCUGCAAUCAACACCCCUUGUUGAAAAUCAGUCUACAGCGCCUCUGUUGACAAUUCUGUUGACAAUGACAAUGAAUUCCUUGUUAAAUUGAUUGUACCACAUUUCCUCUGAAUGUUAUAAUAGCAACAUAGAGGACACUGGUCAUAACUGAUGUAUUAUUGGUUCUGGAUGUUGGGCCUUUAAAUCACUUAUGUGGGAGUCAUCAUAUCGAUAGCUGCUAGGUUGGAAUCUUUCACCCGUAACAAACCCCAACAUUUUGCAGGAGGAGUUCUCAAGUUUGUCACAGAUGUCACAACCAUGCCUAGUGUUCAGCACUGCCCAGCCAUUUUAUGUCACAUGGCCAUCUUAAUGCCAUGAAGCUUUUAUUUGUCCCCAUCCCACUAUCCAGCGGUGACAAAAAGUGGUUGUGCGUACUCUGUUACAGAACUCGAGGAGAUAUAUUUCGUAACACAAACACAUGUACAACAGCUGCACUUAAUAUUUUUGUAAGAUGUUUUUAUUGCCAUUUUGCUUUUUUUCAUUGUCCUGUCUAAAUUGAUCUGAAGUGUUCUAAGGCUCAUGGCGGGAGUGCAUGUCAGUACAUUAUCCAAGUUAUUAUUAUUAUUAUUAUUAUUAUUAUUAUUACAAUCACUGGUAGGCAUUUGUACAUGUGUACAGAUGGCGACAUAUAGGAAUUUGUUUUCAUGUCUGUUAUGCAAACACUUUGAGAUUGGUAAGGAUGCAUUUGUUUUCUGUGGCAGGUGGGUUUUUUCUCCUUUGUUUUCUUUUAGCAGGACAAGACUGACUCUAGACAGUCUUGUUUUUUUUUUUUUGUUUUGUUUUGUUUUUCAUUUUAGUUCUUGGUUAUAUGUGUCCUUGGAUUCAACAAAUUUUGAAAUGUCUUGGGGUGAAGCACAAUGUUGCAAGCAUUUUUAGCAUGAACCUCAUGCCCAAGCAAAAACAAAUGCAUAAAUGUUACAACCUGGAAUGCACCCUCUGCUCUUAUUGUACUUUGGGGUUGUUUGUCAGCAACUUACAGCCGCAUCCUCAGCUUGUACUGGUUCUUUCACAUUAGCUGCAGUGGAGCAGAGGCAGUUGUUGACCAUAAUAGAAAUGCAGCCCUAGUCAGUACCUGCUGUAACAAGACUGCUUUUAUCUCUGAGCAAGCUGCAUGGUGACACUUAGCAGUCUUGAGAUGAAUACAAAUGGUAAUUUAUAUGUGUAUGUUAUUAUGUAAACAUCAGGACAUGGUUUUGCCAUGAAAGUGCAUCCUGUGUUCUGGCAGGAUGAGGGCCUUUCGCUCCUUUGUUUUGUUCUCUUUGUGUGUUUCCUCCUCUCAAUAACGGUUUAAAGAUAUGUGGUUUUUAUGGUAAAACCAUCAAGAGCUUUGUCUUUAUAAAGUCAUAAUUGUCAAAUAAAUGGUAUGUAUUGUCACAUGUGAA